AUGACACUCACCAACACGGAAGGUUUCCAAAUAGUAGAAGAUAUGACCAAGAUUCUCAAUCAAAUUGAUGCGCAACUAAGCGAUGUCCAAGAUAAAGACCGCGAAGAAACAGAGGAGAUCCUCGACCGGGUUGAUGAAUGGGAGGUCAGGGUGAACGAGGCGGAAGAAUUAAGGUGGAUAAUGGACAACCACCGGCAAACAGGGACAACGGAAAACCAUUACUACCAUGACGAAGUUUCCGGGGAAAUGGGGACAAUGGAAAACCAUGAUUACAAUGACGAAGUUAACCGGAAGACGGCGACAAAGGAAAGCCAUGAACACAUUGACAAAGGAGCUGCCGAGGUAACCAAAUACAUAGUCCAGGCAAUCCUGAAGCUACAAAAAAAGCUGAUUGGACUUAUUUAUCGAAAUCGACAAGACGUUACCGCGCCUCUACGUCUAGAGGAAGAUGACUACUUGAAGGGAAUUGGUACCUGGAAGGCAUGGGCGCAAAAAAAUGGGAUAAAUGAAAACGAAUUCGUUGAGAUGGUUCAAGAGGCAAUCCGCAAGAUGGGCGGAGAACUGCCUUAUCCAGAUUCCCGACGAACCCCGCGUGCCACGGAGUAG